AUGCGCUUGUCCCCGUCCUACCCCGCGGCGCCCUCAUCAGAAACCCGUCCCAAGCGAAGUUUCCCCCAAACUAAAGGAGUAAGUUUUUCCCUGGGCCUAGACAAGGGGGAGAUUAGAGAGAAAGGGGCGGCUCCCAGCCGGACCCCGGAGAAGUCGCCCUCUCGCGCGCAGGCCCUGGGUGAACCCGCGCCCCUGCCCGAGGCCUGCGCGCUCUGGGACCGCCCGCAGCAGAGCGCAGUGGCCCGGCGCGGCCCAGGCGGCCCAGCCCUCGGGCCUCUCCACCUCUCCGAAGCCCUGCGGCUGGACGCCAAGAAGAGCCCUUUGGCGCUGCUGGCCCAGACCUGCUCACAGAUCGGCAAGCCGGACCCGCCGCCCUCGUCCAAGCUCAACUCGGUGGCGGCGGCCAACGGGCUGGGAGCCGAGAAGGACCCCGGCCGCUCCGCCCCGGGCGCCGCCUCCGCGUCCGCAGCCCUCAAGCAGCUGGGGGACUCCCCGGCGGAGGACAAGUCCAGCUUCAAGCCCUACUCCAAGGGCGCCGGGGGCGCCGACUCCCGCAAGGACAGCGGCUCCUCCUCCGUGUCCUCCACCUCCUCCUCGUCCUCCGCGUCCCCGGGAGACAAGGCGGGCUUCAGGGUCCCCAGCGCCUCCUGCCCGCCCUUCCCCCCGCAUGGAGCGCCGGUCUCUGCGUCGUCGUCCUCGUCGUCGCCUGGCGGCUCCCGUGGCGGCUCCCCGCACCACUCUGACUGCAAGAACGCGGGAGCAGGUGGCGGGGAGCUGGGCAAGCAAGACCACAUUGGCUACCACGGCUCCAUCGUGGGCGCCUACGCCGGCUACCCGUCCCAGUUCGUGCCUGGCCUGGAUCCUGGCAAGUCUGGCCUCGUGGGAGGACAGCUGUCAGGCGGCCUGGGCCUGCCGCCCGGCAAGCCGCCCAGCUCCAGCCCGCUCACCGGGGCCUCCCCGCCCUCCUUCCUGCAGGGACUAUGCCGCGACCCCUAUUGCCUGGGCGGCUACCACAGCGCCUCGCACCUGGGCGGCUCCAGCUGCUCCACCUGCAGCAACGAGCCGCUGCCACACAGCUGCAACUGGGUGGCCGCCAGCGGGCCGUGCGACAAGCGCUUCGCCACCUCAGAGGAGCUGCUCAGCCACCUGCGUGCCGCCGCCGCUGCCGCCGCCGCCUCCUGCCACCUGCACCUGCCCCCGCCCGCCGCCCCUGGCAGCCCGGGGUCGCUGUCCUUGCGGAGUCCACACACUUUGGGGUUAAGCCGGUACCACCCCUACGGCAAGAGCCACUUAUCCACAGCGGGGGGCCUGGCCGUGCCCUCGCUCCCCGCAGCCGGACCCUACUACUCACCCUACGCGCUGUACGGACAGAGGCUAGCCUCAGCCUCCGCGCUCGGAUACCAGUAG